CAGUACCAUGUGUGAAAUGUUUACAUAGUUAACAGUAGACAAGUUCAUCUGUUGUUUAAACAUGUUUCAUCAGGCUGUUAAGAAACUAGAUUCUUUGAUGCCAGAUGCUGGAAAGCAACUUUUGACAACAGCAAUGUCUUCAAUUAAAUGUAUGGUGGUUGGAGAUGGUGCCGUUGGUAAAACCUGCCUUUUGGUUUCAUUUACAAACAAGUUCCCAUCAGAACCGACAGUGUUUGACAGCCAAGCUGUGACUGUAAUGAUUGGUGGUGAACCAUAUUCUAUUAGAUUGUUUGAUGCUGCAGGUCAGGAUCAAUUCCGGCCCCUAAGCUAUCCCCAAACAGAUGUCUUCUUAGUGUGUUUCUCUGUAGUUUCUCUUUCCUCGUUUGAAAAUGUGAAAGAAAAGUGGGUGCCUGAGAUAACCUAUUACUCCCCGAAAACCCCCUUUCUGCUGGUUGGAACGCAGAUUGACCUAAGAGACGAUCCUAUAACUAUUGCAAGGCUUGCAAAAAACAAACAAAAUCCAAUCAACCCAGAGACAGCCCAAAAACUAGCCAAAGACUUAAAGGCUGUGAAAUAUGUUGAAUGCUCUGCUCUAACACAGAAAGGACUGAAGAACGUAUUUGAUGAGGCGAUAUUAACAGCUUUAAAGCCCAGAGGGUCCAAGAAGACAUGCAAAUGUGUUAUUUUAUGAGCUGAACACAUGAAUUUGGACAUAAACCAACAGAUUUUCUUUUUUUUUUUUUUUUAUCAGGAAAGUAACAAUAGCAACCAUGGUGCCCAUGUCCCAUGAUUAGAUAUGUGUGCAGCUUUUACACAUACAACUCUCAUUUGUGAUACUAAAACACUCUUCUUAACAAAAAGGUUGGUAUGGUAGGCUGGUGGGGUAAGAUGUGCCACUUUUAUUUAAGUUGCCAAAUAAUAAGAGGAGAAAUGUUUAGUAAAUAGGAGUAAAAUAGGCCAAUUUAUAUGUGUGGAUAUCUGUCAUAGAUCCAUACGAAUAUGACUUCUUUAAAACAAUGUCAAGUUGAGUCAUUGGAUAAUAUCUGAGAAAUGUUUAUUUAAAAAAUAUUUAUAGCCUACAGAAAGCUCUUGCUGCACAUUAUUCACACUUUCUAAAAAAAAAUACUUAAACCUGUGAUUUGGAGUAUUUUAAAAAAUAUAGGCCUACAUGGUUUUAUACAUUGCCACUGUACCAAAAAGUAUGCAAUAUAUUUUUAGACUAGAAUAAACUUUAGCAUUUAGCAAGGGGAAAAUGGUCAAAAAUCACCUUUUCUCUCUUUUUUUUUUUUUUGUCAAACAUGUCAAUUUAAAAAAAAAUGCUCACAUGAAAGCAGUGAUGUGUCUUUCCCGCUGCUUCAUUUAUAUAUGCAAUUAUACAUAUUAAAUUCAAUAGUGACAAUGUGACCUUGUAGCCCAAGUCUGAAACUAAGCAGGGUUGAGCCUGGUCACUACAUGGAUGGGAGAC